AUGGCGUCGUCAAGACAGUGUAUGCGGUCUGGCGCCGCCUUACAACAGGCUAAACGCUACAUUCAAGACAUCGCGAUCACUCGUACCGGAAAACCUAUCAUCCGAGUACAAGGUGGAAGCUCACCAACGAUCAUAGGACAUACCGCAACCGUCUUUGGAGCUACUGGUUUCCUUGGGAGAUACAUUGUACAGAGACUGGCUCAGACCGGUUGUACUGUCGUCGUGCCUUUCCGCGAUGACAUGGGCAAGCGUCAUCUGAAGGUUUCUGGGGAUCUUGGUCGCGUGGUCUUUAUUGAAAUGGACCUGAGAAAUACUGCGUCUAUCGAAGAAAGCGUUCGACAUUCUGACAUUGUCUACAAUCUCAUUGGUCGAGACUACCCCACGAAAAACUUUGAUUUGGAAGAUGUCAAUGUCGAAGGUGUCGAACGCAUUGCUGAAGCCGUUGCCAAAUACGAUGUCGACCGCUUCGUGCAAGUAUCUUCGUACAACGCGGAUGAGAAUUCAGAGUCAGAGUUCUUCCGUACUAAAGCUCGUGGUGAGAAAGUGGCUCGUUCUAUCUUCCCAGAAACGACCAUCGUCCGCCCGUCUCCAAUUUACGGAUGGCAAGACGGGUUGCUUACCAAACUCGCUUAUCCAAACCGCCACAUUACGUCCAACCACAUGCAACAAACGUUCUGGCCUGUUCAUGCAAGCGAUGUAGGUAAAGCCCUAGAGAAGAUGUGCUACGACGACACCACCGCUGAACAAACGUAUGAACUACACGGACCCAGCGAGUGGUCAAUGGCCGAGCUCGCCCAACUUGUGGACGGCGAGACGUUGCGAGAACGCAGCAACAUCAACAUUCCCCGCCGGAUCAGAGAACCAUUAGGCUAUGUUAUGAACAAAUACUUGUGGUGGCCAACUCUCCAUAAGGAUGCUGUGGUGCGCGAAUUUAUUGACCAGCACAUCGACCCCAAGGCGAAGACGUUCAAGGAUCUUGAUAUGGAGCCAGCAGAAAUAAGACAGUGGUCGUAUGAGUAUUUGAAAGGAUACAGAAGCAGCAGGAUGAUGGACCUACCACCUAUGACUGAGAGGGAGCUACAAGCAGAAAAGCAGUACGACCACGUGCGGCGAAGUUAUUGACCGUUCCUUUUGUUGUAACCUAUGCGGC